GUACUUGAUGCUAAACGGAAAACCUUCUUCCUAAUCAAACUCGAGUGUUGGUUCCGUCCCGAAGUUUGCGUCCUCUCUCUCUCUCUCUCUCUCUAUCUAUCUCUCUCUCUCGUUCCGAAUUCUAGGGUUAUUCGAUUUGGGAAUCAAGUCUCGGAUCCGAUUCCUGAUAUCGAGCUCCGAGACGAUGUCGCAGAACGGGAAACUGAUGCCAAAUCUCGACCAAAACAGCACUAGGCUUCUCAAUCUCACCGUUCUUCAGCGAAUCGAUCCCUACAUCGAGGAAAUUCUCAUCACCGCAGCUCAUGUUACCUUCUACGAAUUCAACAUCGAGCUCAGCCAAUGGAGCCGUAAGGAUGUAGAAGGAUCUCUGUUCGUCGUGAAAAGGAGUACACAACCUCGGUUUCAGUUUAUUGUGAUGAACCGUCGAAAUACGGACAAUUUGGUGGAGAAUCUCCUGGGAGAUUUCGAAUAUGAAGUCCAGGGUCCAUAUUUACUUUACAGAAAUGCAGCUCAAGAAGUUAAUGGUAUUUGGUUCUACAACAAACGUGAGUGCGAGGAGGUGGCUAAUCUAUUUGACAGGAUAAUAAAUGCAUAUUCCAAGGCAAAUCAGAAGCCAAAGGCAUCAUCUUCAAAGAGGGAGUAUGAAGAGCUGGAAGCUGUUCCUACAAUAGCACUGAUGGAUGGUCCGCUGGAACCAUCUUCGACAACUGCCUCCACCACUGCCGAUAUUCCUGAUGAUCCCGCUUUCGUUAACUACUUUAGUUCAGCAAUGGCUCUUGGGAACACCACUUCAACUACCCCGGCAUCCGGACAACCAUUUCAGCCUCCACCCGCAAUUCCUCGCCCCCCAAACAAUGCUCCUCCAACCUCUGCAGCUCCAUAUAUGAAGCCACCGCCAAUACUGUCAUCAUCAUCCACUCCUCUAAUGCCACUUCCCAAAAACACUGAUCCAGGCAACAACACGAACAUGCCGACUAAUCUGGUGAAGCCAUCGACUUUCUUUGCCCCUCCACCGUCUUCUUCCUCCAGAACGAUGCCCCCACCUGUUAUUACCCCUUCUUCCUCUGUUCCCAAGGCAAAUCACCAGCGGCCAUAUGGUGCACCGUUGCUUCAGCCAUUCCCACCGCCGAAUCCGCCGCCAUCUCUCGCCCCCAACUAUGGCCCAGUGGUCACAAGAGAGAAAGUCAGAGAAGCCCUUUUGGUGCUUGUUCAGGACAAUCAGUUCAUAGACAUGGUGUACAGAGCUCUGCAAAAUGCUCACCAUCAUCAUCCAUAAAAGACACGAAGACACGAGCCAUUGUUGUGCUUCUGCUGCAGUUUGAGUUUUUGUUUUGUUUUGUUUUUUGUGGUUUGAUUUAGAGUGUUAGGUUCGGAUUCUAUCACUAAAUGUUGUACGAACCAAACUGUAUAGAAUAAUUGGAAAACAAAUUUCUUUUGCGUUUU